AUGUCCAUCCAUCAUCUCCCCCCCCCUCCAGUUGACCCCGUGGUAGCCUCCUCUACCGCCACCCCCAUGGUGCUGAGUGGCUCGGCGCUGACCUCUGCUGGCAGCGCGCUGCUGCUGACCCCCAAGGCCAACGCCACCUGGGGCACGGCCUUCACAGCCGCGCCUCUCCCCCUCUUCUCCUACUUCAACACCAAGGCCACAUGCGGUUACCAGUUCGCCUUCAACGUAUCCCUUGCCUUCUCUCUCGACCCGGACUCAGAGGCGGGCGGGGAUGGGCUCGUGUUUGUCGUCACUGCGGCGCUGCCAGACCGGCUGGGAGGGGUGGGGAAGCGGAGUGUGGCGGUGGAGUUUGACUCGGUGCUGAGUGUGAAGCACGGAAACCCCAACGACAACCACGUGGGUGUCAAUGUGGGCGGCUCACCUGUGUCCCUCGCCUCUGCCACGGCCCCUCUCAUCCUCAACGACGCCCACACCAAGCACGCCUGGAUCCACUACGACCCCACCAGCGGCGGCACCCUCCGAAUCUUCCUCUCCUCCGACCCCGACCAGCCCCCCAUCCCCAUCUUGCGAGCCCGAGUGUCGCUCUGCUCCAUCCUGCAGCCCAAGGCCUCUGCUGCUGCAUUCUAUGUCGGCUUCACAGCCUCGUCCACCGCCGGCCCACAAGCACACUCCGUCCUCAACUGGACCUUCACUGCAGGUGUGUCCCUCUCUGGCUCUCAGUCAGCUAUGUGCCCCUUAGCACUCUUUCCUUCUCCAAAUUUUCAACACGCUUUCUCCUUCCCACCAGACCUGGCGUUGGGGUUUGUGAUGGACGAGGACUCCUUCUCAUCGCAGGGCUUCAACGCCGCCUUCCACUACGCCAGUGCGGGAUUUGACCCCGCGCAGGACAACAGCCCAGCCACGAUAGCUGCAAGAUAUGGCUCAGAGUUGAGACGUGACACACUAAGCAAGGGAGAGGAGGGGAUUCUUGAGAUGCGAGGACCGGAUGGGUCACAUGCAGCCAGUCAUGGAGAGAGAUUAAUGCUCAAACUGGUGGCAGCGGUGGAAGCAGCCCACAGGAUUGCGAGUAACUCGCCACAGCCCCCCGUGUUGUCGGUGGAGCAGCUUCGCCCCGCCCUCUCCUCCAACUGCGACGGUGGCUCGCCCACCAAGGCGCUGCAGUUCCUCCUCAACGCCACUGUUCAGGGCAAGGGCUUGGUGGAGCAUGCAGUGUACUCCCAGCAAAUGGCUCGUCAAAGAAGAUCGUUGGCGACCACCAAGUACUAUGGCAUCCGGGGCAUCGAGCGCACGGGGUUCUACGGGUGGUUUGGGCUCAUGCUGGCAGUGCAGCGCCAGCCUGUUAUUGUGCACAUCGAGGCGUCCGCACCCUCCUUCCAAGACUACGAUGGGGUAAGGCACCCUCCUUCCAAGACUACGAUGGGGUAA